AUUGACUCGAAUAGCCACGUCAGAAGGUUAUGCGAAAUCGCAAACACCUUGGGAUUUGUGAUCUGUUCAAAUUGUACAAUCCACUCGUCCGGUUUUGAAGCGUUGCAUCGUCCUGCUGAUUUGUUUUCCCGUUUCGGCCCUCUUUUCGUUUUUCCGUGUCGUCCUCCGUCUCGUUUACAACCGUCGAGUGAGAAAAAAAAUUCGGUGUCAUGUUAGACCUCUUCACGAUAUUCAGCAAAGGCGGAAUCGUCCUCUGGUGCUUCCAGGGGACAUCGCAGAUCUUCACCCCGUCCGUCAACGCCCUCAUCAAAUCCGUCAUCCUCCAGGAGAAGACGGGUAAUAACUCUUUUGAGCACAACUCGCUUACACUCAAGUAUCGGUUAGAUAACGAGUUUGAGCUUGUUUUUGUGGUUGCAUACCAGAAAAUCUUACAGCUAUCAUAUGUCGACAAGUUCCUCGACGAUGUCCACUUGGAAUUUCGAGACAAAUAUAAAGACGAACUUCAAGGCGGGAGCACAUAUGGAGACUUUGAUUUUAAUGAUGGUUUUUUAUCUGUACUUAACCGGGCGGAGGAGUGGUCUAAGAAUCUCUCCUCAGUCCCAAAACCGAUGCGUAGUUUUGAAGAAUCGGGUAAAUCUAAGAAAACAGUCGCUUCGAUGAUCGAACGUAAAGAUGAUCCAAAAAAGAAAAAAGAAGAAAUUAAAAAAAAGGAAGUUUUUCCAGAACAGCCGAAAACAGAAAAUGGCAAUUUGAGCGAGGAGGAACUCAUAUUGGCCAACAGGGCUAAGAUGGCCUUAAAAAUGGGUUCUCCAAACCAAAAAAAGAAUAAAAUGAAAAGCCCAAAACCAGCAAAAGAGGGAAAGAAACCACGCAUCUGGGAUCUUGGUGGUAGCACAAAAGAUCUACCAGAUCUUGAGAGGACAAAAGAUAAACCUCCUGAAUCUAAUGAAGUCAAGGCUGAUGUUUCUAUGGUUGGCAGGAUGGUGGGAGGCAUUAAGGAUCUUGAGGUCGAAUCUGAUUCUGGGGAUGAGACAGAGGAAGAGGAAGAAAAUGAAACAAAACUUGCGAAGAAGACUGAAACCAAGUCCAGAGGCGUUUUUUCACUUUUUAGGGGGCUUGUGGGAAGUAAGAGCCUGACGAAGAAUGACAUGUUACCUGUGCUUGAGAAACUUAAAGACCACUUAAUUGGAAAAAAUGUCGCUUCUGAGAUAGCAAACAAGCUCUGUGAUUCUGUCAGUGCUAAAUUAGAGGGCAAGGUGCUUGGAACAUUUGAGAGUGUCACAAACAUUGUGAAAUCUACAAUGACCGAGUCACUCGUUCAGAUACUGUCGCCAUCACGGAGGGUGGAUAUACUUCGUGAUGCCAAAGAGGCGAAGAGUGAAGGGCGACCUUUCACAAUGGCCUUUUGUGGUGUAAAUGGUGUAGGCAAAUCGACCAACCUGGCUAAAAUAUGUUUCUGGCUGAUAGAAAACGAUUUGAGCACUAUGAUAGCGGCAUGUGACACUUUCCGUGCAGGUGCAGUUGAACAGCUUCGUACACAUAUGCGCCACUUGAAUGCCCUCCAUCCUCCAGAGAGGCAUGGCGGAAGACAAAUGGUCCGCCUAUAUGAAAAAGGUUAUGGAAAAGAUGCUGCUGGCAUUGCUAUGGAAGCCAUUACACAUGCAAAAGAAUCAAAAGUUGAUAUUGUGCUCAUUGACACAGCAGGGCGUAUGCAAGACAACGAACCAUUGAUGAAAGCCUUAGCAAAGCUUGUUCGUGUUAACGAACCUGACCUCGUACUUUUUGUCGGAGAAGCUCUGGUCGGAAAUGAAGCUGUGGACCAGUUAAGCAAGUUUAAUCAGUCUCUGGCUGAUUACUCAUCAUCGACUCAGCCUCACCUCAUUGACGGAAUCGUUCUUACAAAAUUUGACACAAUCGAUGAUAAAGUCGGAGCUGCCAUCUCAAUGACAUAUAUGACAGGCCAACCAAUAGUGUUUGUCGGCACAGGGCAGACAUAUACCGACCUCAAAUCGCUCAAUGCAAAAGCAGUUGUGCACGCUCUUAUGAAAUAGAGCGGUCGAUGCAAAUUGUGAGUUGUUAUUAUUUUUAAAUUAUUAUUUUAACAUUCUGUUUUGGCUUGUGUAAGUAUUAAUGGAAAAUAAAUAUUGUUAAUAAAUUAGUGUUAUUCUUGGA